CACUUUGCUUUGCGAGCUACCAUACUAAACUAUAUAUCAAAGGUGAAGGCAUGGAAGAUCCAUCAAUUACUGUGAACGUUGAAGGUGAGAAGAAGGAGGAGAGAAAAUGGUGGGGAGAAGCUGUGAAAAAGGUAGUGAAUUGGGUGACACACAAGGAUAAAGAUAAAUGGCCGAAGGAGUUGAGGGGUAACCUUUUUUUGGUGGCUACGGUAGUCGCAACAAUGACCUUUCAAAGUGCUCUAAAUCCACCGGGUGGCAUUAGACCGGCAAAAGAUGGUGGAGGAAAGGUGGUUUGUAACAAGGAGAUGCAUCCAUGUCCUGGAGAAUCUAUUCUGGCAUAUACAGAUUCAGAUCAUUAUACCUACUUCCUUAUUUCGAACACAACAUGUUUCAUAUCAUCCUCGGCUGUCUGUCUCUUGCUGGUCAGUGGAUUCCCUCUAGACCACAGAUUUAUCACCUGGCUUUUGUCAAUAGGCAUGUGCAUCACCAUCAGUAGUCUUGCUCUAACCUACAUGUUUGGUGCUCAAAUGGUUACCCCCGAUCCUGUUUGGGAAGAAUCCAACUUCAUGUUUCAAAACAUUUUGCAUAUUUGGAUAGUGCUGCUAGGACUCGUUGCUCUUGUUCUUUGCCUGCGUCUGUUUGCUUGGAUUCUCACCAAACGGAUUAGCAGACCUAAACAGUGAGAUAUCAGACCUAAACACCUCAACUGCACCAGCU